AUGGAGAAGGAGAGGAAGCAGGGCUUCUUCCGCGCGCUGAAGGAGGAGGUGGUGCGCGGCCUCUCGCCGGCGCGGUCCCGCGGGAAGACCCCGGCGCGGAGCGCGUCCCCCGCCAGAAUGCUGAUCCCGCGCCGCCGCAAGGCCCCACCGCCGCAGCAGCCAGAGAAACAGCAGCAUGAGCAGCAGCAGUACGUCUCGGAGCAGCUCAUCGCGCGCUCCGGCAGCCUCCGGCCGGGCGGCGAGGCGCUGGAGCCGCUCAUCGAGGGGCCCGACGCCGACCGCCUCGCCGCCGGCGACUUCUUCGGCGAGGACUCCGGCCGCAGGGAGGGGUUCGGGCACUGGGUCCGCGGCCACCUCACGCGCACGCCCUCCAUGGCCUCGGCCCCCGGCGGUUCCGGCGGCGGCUCGUUCCGCCACUCCGACCUCCGCCUCCUCCUCGGCGUCAUGGGCGCCCCGCUCGCGCCCAUCUCCUCCACCCUCGCCGACCCGGCCCUCCUCCUCUCCAUCAAGGGCGCCCCCAUCGAGUCGUCGUCCGCGCAGUACAUCCUGCAGCAGUACAUGGCGGCGUCCGGCGGCUACAGGACGCUGCGGUCGGUGCGCAACGCCUACGCCAUGGGCAAGGUGCGGAUGGUGGCGUCCGAGUUCGAGACGGCCACGCGCGUGGUGAAGAACCGCGGGCCCAGCGGCCGCGGCGCCGCCGCCGUCGAGCAGGGCGGCUUCGUGCUCUGGACCAUGUCCCCCGGGAUGUGGUACGUCGAGCUCGCCGUCGGGGGCAGCAAGGUCCACGCCGGGUGCAACGGGCGGCUCGUCUGGCGCCACACGCCCUGGCUCGGCGCGCACGCCGCCAAAGGGCCCGUCCGCCCCCUCCGCCGCGUCCUCCAGGGGCUCGACCCGCUGACGACGGCCGGCCUGUUCGCGGAGGCGCGGUGCGUGGGGGAGAAGAAGGUGAACGGCGAGGACUGCUUCAUCCUCAAGCUCUCCGCCGACCCGCAGACGCUGAAGCUGCGCAGCGAGGGCCCCGCCGAGAUCAUCCGGCACGUCCUGUUCGGCUACUUCAGCCAGCGGACGGGGCUCAUCGUGCACAUCGAGGACUCGCACCUCACCCGCAUCCAGCCGCACUCCGGCGGCGACGCCGUGUACUGGGAGACCACCAUCAGCUCCUCGCUCGAGGACUACCGCGCCGUGGAGGGCAUCAUGAUCGCGCACGCGGGCCGGUCGGCGGUCACGCUCUUCCGGUUCGGGGAGGCGGCCAUGAGCCACACCAAGACGCGCAUGGAGGAGGCCUGGAGCAUCGAGGAGGUGGCCUUCAACGUGCCCGGCCUGUCCGUGGACUGCUUCAUCCCGCCCGCCGACAUCCGGUCCGGCUCCGUCGGGGAGGCCUGCGAGCUGCCCCCGCCGACCACGCACGGCGACCGCGCCAAGACCGGCGCCGUGCACCCCGCCCGCGUCGCCGCCGUAGAGCAGCGCACCCACCACCGCGGCGCUGGCAUCAACACAGCACAGCACGGCGGCGGCGGCGAGAAGAUCGUGUGGAGAGUGGAAGUGUAAUAAGUAUUCACACAGCACACACAGCUGCGAAGAAUUUAGCUAGCUCUUCUUCAGUUGCUAGUCUUGCUGGAGAGAAGAAUUGAACCAGCCCAAUUUGUUCAUACGUACUACCAGAGUUUGAUUUCCCUCUGCCUAGCUAGUGAUCUCAGAUACUAACCAGUGCUGCAUCUUGUCUGUAAAUAGAGCAUAAACGUUCUCAUCAGGCCUGGCCUGGAUGGAUCUUUAUCCUCUGAACGCAGAAAUUUUAGAGCCACUUUUUCCCCU